AUGGGUGCCUACAAAUAUCUCACCGAGCUCUACACCAAGAAGCAGUCGGACGUGCUCCAAUUCGUCUCGCGUGUCCGAUGCUGGGAAUACCGCCAGCUCGCCGUCAUCCACCGCGCGUCCCGUCCUUCGCGCCCCGAUAAGGCGCGCCGGCUCGGAUACAAGGCCAAGCAGGGUUAUUUGAUCUACCGGGUGCGGGUGCGCAGGGGGAACCGCAAGAAGCCGGUCAAGAAGGGCGCGACGUUUGGUAAACCCGUGAGACAGGGGGUGAACCACCUCAAGUUCCAGAGGGGGCUGAGGAGCAUUGCCGAGGAGAGAGUGGGGAGACGGUGUGGGAACUUGCGAGUACUCAACUCGUACUGGAUCAACCAGGACGGUGUGUACAAGUACUACGAGGUCAUCCUUGUCGACCCCCAACACAAGGCCAUCCGCCGCGACGCCCGUAUCAACUGGAUCGUCAACCCCGUGCACAAGCACCGCGAGUCCCGAGGUCUCACCGCCGAGGGCAAGAAGAACAGGGGGUUGGGCAAGGGGUCCAAGCACAACCACACCCCCGCCCGGGCGACUUGGAAGAAGCACAACACCCUCUCUCUCCGCCGAUACCGUUAA